AUGCGGUAUUGUAUCGACAAUGGCCUCCACCGACAAGCCACCAACCUCCCUCCAACCCUCGAUGAGGGACGAAAACAGAUCUUCUGGACGGCAUACAUGUUGGAGAGAUCAGUCGCUCGGACCAUGGGUCGACCUCACUCUAUUUCCGAUAGAGAUAUUGACGUCCCGCUCCCAGCAAACAUCGACGAUGAACCGGAUACUGAUGAAGCCAUUAUCGCAGCCAUUGCUCAGUCAAACCAACACCCUUCUCAGAUCACCGCACUGACGCCAGCUAUUCGCAUCUUCCGGCUACAACAGAUAGACUCCAAGAUUUCACAUACGAACCCGACUUUUCACGAGAUCGUCCACUCUGCCGGACAAGUCUGCUUCCUGUCGAAACGCCUCCAUGACCAGCAGACGUACAUCUCCUUCUCUUUGCUCUCGCUACAUGCCAACUUUGUCGCCGGCUUGGUCAUGGUCUACUGCUUCUGCCUAGACUCGUCAAUAUUCAGUCCCGAGUUCAGCAGCAGUGUGCGAGCGUGUAGCACGAUGCUGUACAUCAUUUCCGAGCGAUGGCCGAAAGCCGUUCAGGCUCGAAAGCCGUUCGAUCGUCUUAUCACUGCUACGAUAGAAAGUGACGACGAAACAAACAACGGUCUUUUGAGGUCUGAGGAUAAUCUGCAUGUGUCGCGGGACGGUUUUCAGCCUGGCUUUGCGGCAGACGACCCAGGUCAUCUAGAGCAUCUUUAA